AUGACCCGACGAUACCCCCCUCACUACGACUACGACUUUGAACCUCUGCCUCCUCCCCUCCUGCAACAUUCGCAUGACCCCGUCUGGGAUGCACAUACAAUGCCCUACGCCAUACCGCACCUCACAAGUAGUAGUAGCAGCAUACCAGCGUACCACUCUGAUCGCGAGUUUCGUCCGCGCAGCGGCGACCGAUCAUACGAUGAGGAGGAGGACGCAUACUUCUCCUCCGGUGCGGCAAGUACCCCGAGAUUGAGUUCACGUCGUCCCCUUUCUCGCCCGGGUACAGCGUUGGGUUAUACUAGCGAAAUCGAUCGCCACCACAGCUGCGACCGUCGGAGGCAUCGGGACCGUGAAAGGGAGGAGGUUAUGAGUCCGCAACAGAGAGAAACCUUCAAACAGAUGUUGUAUCUUCCCGAGAGACACAUCCCUCUUCCUCCUCUCCCUCCAACCCUAGACACGCUCGAUCCCCUCCCCCCAACGUCAACAAUUUAUUUAUCUCCACAAGUCGGGCCUCGCCUUCUCCCCGAACACCAAGGCUCUCGCAUCCGCGCCCGCUCGUUAUCCCUCUCCCGACCAGUCUUAUCCCCCCGUCUAGCCAGCAGGGAAGUAGACAGCUACUCCGACCAAUACUACGCCGAUGCAGACGCCGACGAGGAUUACCACGGUAGCACGACGACUGUCACUGGAGGGGGGUAUUCAAGUCCUGAUCCCGACAGGGAUGAUGAUAGUGCUGGGAGGAGGUUACGUCGACGGUUGGUUGUUCGGCGCUGGGACUCGGCGCCCGCGCCGAUAGGGGAUCUGAGGUCCUUUGCGGAGAAGGUCAGACCACAUCCGGUUUUGGUACCUGACCCGAUGCUGCCGGCAUUGGAAUGGCACUCCGCAAGAAAUAGGUCUAGGCCAGGUAGUGUAGCUGGUUUUGAGGGGCGGAGGGUGUUUGAUGUAGAUGUGGAGCCACCUAGGGAGGAAGACUUGAGGAUGAGGUUGGGAGGAAAUACCAGGAAAGAUGUGGGGAGGGUGAAUUCGACGGGGAGUUUGAGACGAUUGAUGGAGGAGAGAGAGGUGGGUAUUUAUGAGAAGGAUAGGAGGGCUGGGAGAAGGAUUAAGAGUCCUGCUAGUCGGAGGAAUCGUGAUUCAAAACGCCCCCGUCCCCAAUACACUCAAGUCUAUGCUCUCAUCCUAACCUGGGAAUUCCAUGACCUCCGCACAGAAGACUACACCGCGCGCCCUCCGUCGGAUUACGUCUCGCUCGAGGAGGAAACGAAGCGCCUGCGCGACACGCUCAAAUCCUUCGGCUACACGGUGCACGAGUUUCUCAUCCCCAUGAGUAAUCCCACACAGGCGGUGCAGGAGAAGCUGCGAUGGUUUUGCUCGCUGGCGGCGGAUGAUACGCUGCUAAUUGUGUAUUAUCAUGGGCAUGGCGCGCUGGAUGAUGACAAUGAGUUGGUGUUUAGCAGUCAUGAUCAUCCGGAUAAUUUGGAGUGGGCGAAGGCGGCGGCCGCAGAGUUGUAUGCUGCAUUGAUGACGGGGAAGGGGUGUCAAAAGUGUGGGGAGGGGAGGUGGAGGGAGUUGAUGAAGAAGUAUGAACGCUACCAACCAGUCGCCUCCCUCUCCUGGCCCUCCCUCCGCGACAUCAUCCUGCAUACCCCUGCUGACAUCCUCCUCGUCCUCGACUGCUGCGCUGCCGGCGGCGCAAAGCUCUCUGACAUCGAUUGGCAGCCCCCGCCCGGCACAGAGCACUACACGAAGCACCUACUUGCCGCGUGCGGUUUUGAAAGCUCCACCAGUGAUGAUAUGACUGCCGCGUUGUGCCAGGUUAUGAGGCAGGCUCUCUCACCUCCUGGGCAAGAACCGGGACAGGGUGAAGGGAGGAGUGGUGAGAGGAUUAAUGCGACCAUCGGAACGACCGACGCCCUGUCCAGCGACCCUCCUGUUCCGCCGUCUCCUCCACAAACGAAACAACCCUACCACGGCAUAACCACAAAACGCCUUCACCAACUCCUAGAAGACCGGCUACAAAAACAGUCUGUAGGAUCACAGCCCAUAUUUAAGCAACUGUUUCCAUUGGAUCCAGAGCAGUAUAUCACGUUGCCUAAUCUCAGUGGUGUUGAUUAUCAGAAUCAGGCCAGUUACCAGAGAGCAGGAGGGGAAAAGAAGAGGGAGAGGAGGGGACGGAGGACGUUGAGGCCGAGUGUCUCUAGGGAGAGUCAGAGGGACAGGGAACGGGAGGAGGAGAGGGACAGAUCAAGGAGUGUUAUGGGGAGAACAUCAGGGGUCGGGAUUGGAAUGGGAGUGGUGGAUAUUAUGGUUGGGAGGGAGGCAGUUGAGGAUCAGCAAUGA